CUGAGGCUGUUGCCGCUGCCCGGCGCACAAUGAAACUCUACUGCAAAGUGGUGGCCCUCGCGCUCUGCCUGGGGACGCUGCUCUUGCUCUACCUCUUCGUGGGCAGCGCGGACGACGACGACGAGCCGCCUUUGAAAGUGGCGGUCAAGGGAAGCCGCUCCUCGGCGCCUGGCGGGGACCUGGUGGCCCAGGCACACUUCCGAGCCGUCCCGGCUGCGGAGCCAGAGGAGGAAGGGGCAGCUCAGGUUUCCAAGAGGGAGAAGCAGCAGCAGCAGCAGCAGCAGCCACGUCUCCACAAAAAGACAGGCAAACGAAGCGCGGCCAAAGGGAAGUUUGCAAGCGUUAGGAGACCGAAGGACCAGAAGCAUUCUACCCUCCAGCUCUCCGCUCCACAAUGGAUGCAUCUGGCGGUGGUAGCGUGUGGUGACCGACUGGAAGAAACACUCAUCAUGCUGAAAUCAGCAGUUCUCUUUAGCUACAGGAAGCUCAAAUUUCACAUCUUCGCUGAGGAUUCCCUGAAGUCUGAAUUUGAGAAGAAAUUACAGGAAUGGCCUCCCUCGUACACAAAGAAGUUUGAAUAUCAUGUCUACCCCAUCGCCUUUUCCGUAGGAAAUGCUCAGGAAUGGAAAAAAUUAUUCAAGCCAUGCGCUGCCCAGCGUCUCUUUCUUCCGAUGAUUUUAAAAGACGUGGAUUCCCUUCUGUAUGUGGACACAGAUGUCUUGUUCUUGAGACCCAUUGAUGACAUCUGGAGCUUUCUGAGAGCGUUCAAUUCCACGCAGCUGGCUGCAAUGGCACCAGAACAUGAAAUACCAAAGAUUGGCUGGUACAGUCGGUUUGCUCGCCACCCAUAUUAUGGAAUGACUGGAGUCAAUUCUGGGGUCAUGCUAAUGAAUUUAACCCGUAUAAGAAAUACCCAGUUCAAGAACAGCAUGAUACCAGCAGGCUUGACAUGGGAAGAGAUGCUGUACCCUUUAUACCAAAAGUAUAAAAACUACAUUACAUGGGGAGACCAGGACUUGCUCAAUAUUAUUUUUUACUUUAAUCCAGAAUGUCUCUACCUGUUUCCUUGUCAAUGGAACUACCGGCCAGAUCACUGCAUGUACGGAAGUAACUGUAAAGGUGCAGAGGAAGAAGGCAUUUCUAUUCUCCAUGGGAACAGGGGCGUCUACCAUGAUGAUAAGCAGCCUACUUUUAAAGCACUAUAUGAAGUGAUACGUGAUUUUUCCUUUGAAGACAAUCUCUUCCAAUCAAUGUACUACCCUCUGCAGUCAAAAUUCCUCGAUACAAUGUUAAUAGCAUGUUGGAUCUUGGAACUAGUAUCUGGAGAAGUGCCCAUGUGAUUCAAAUAUUGGUAAGCUAGCAGAUUGGCACUCUAGCCAGCCACAGAAAAGUGGUUCACAGUGGAAGUAGUAGUGCUCUAGUACUGUUAAUUGAGCAUUAAUUAGGAUCUGUGUAUAGGCUACUUGUUUUGAGACACUGAGGGGAAUUCAUCAUGAUUGCAGUAGGCUCUCAAUCUUCUCUGUGGUAACAGGGAAGGGAUGCUCCUGCUUCUGCUGCUGUACGAGCGCACUUAGGAGAUUGCACUUUGAGGGCACAAUCCACCUAGAACUUCUCUGCAAGUCCUAUUGAAAGGAAUGGAAACUGCAUGAGAUAUAGACCUGAUUGACAUGUAACACAACUUAAAGGGUUAACAAUGCAUGAAUUGGUGGGGCCAUGUAGGGGUGAGCACACUGCCUCCUGCUUACGCAUUCCUUUUCCGUUGCAUCACUUGCCCAAAUAACCCAAGAAGGCCCCAUUCCUUGGCUGUUAGUUUUGAUGUCCGAACCCAGCACUCUGCAU